AUGGACGCAGCAGUUUUAGGACCGGCCCCCGUGCCAAAGCAAUUUGUUCUGUGUUUCGAUGGCACUGGAAAUAAAUUUUGCGGGGAUAAGUCGGACAGUAAUGUUCUGAAGAUUUUUCGAAUGCUUGAUCGCAGCAAGAGUCAUCAAUUUCAUUAUUACCAGCCAGGAAUUGGCACUUAUGUAACUUCCAAGUCCCUGUCCAGCUCUGGCCGCUUCCACCGGAUUAGGUCCGCAUAUCUAAAAGCAAAGGACUCCGCCGUCGGGUCCUCCUUCGCUGACCAUGUCAUGGGCGGAUACAAGUUCCUCAUGCGUUAUUAUGCACCUGGAGAUGAGAUUUACUUCAUAGGCUUCAGUCGAGGUUCCUAUAUUGCUCGCUUCCUUGCAGAAAUGCUGGACUUUAUCGGCUUGCUCGAGGCUGGCAACGAGGAGCUCAUCCGAUUUGCAUGGAAGACUUUCGCAAAAUGGCAGAAGAGACGUAAUAACAAAACAGAUACCGCUGAAAGGGAGAAACUGUUCCAGUAUAUGAAGGCUUUCCGGGAGACAUUCAGCCGACCAAUUACGAGAAUUAAGUUCAUGGGACUAUUUGAUACUGUCAAUAGUGUGCCGGCGUUUGAAUCUGCGUGGAUGCAAAGAAGCAAGUUCCCAUAUACCGCCCGCAGCUCAGCCAAGGUCAUUCGACAUGCAGUGGGGAUCGAUGAGCGACGUGCCAAGUUUCGGCAGGACCUGAUUUCCGAGGUCAGACCAUGCUGCGAGGAAAAAAAGUCCUCCCACUGGAAACGCCAUUUACCCCGACUGCACCAUACUCCAGAGAAAUCUGAUGAUGUCCCCGAAAUCGUCAUCAACGGAGGUGAUGACGAGAAUAACCCCAAUCAGCAGAGGCACGGGGAGACCGAAUCUGUGUACCGCAGUGUGCGAAGCUCGAACCAGAGUGUAUCCAGCGCAAAUCAUCGAUACCGUGCGCGGCCACAACCUUCCCAGAGAAAGCCCAGCCUGGCUGUUCCCGGGGCAACAGCGCUCAAAGAUGAUAGAGCUUCCAUCAACAGUGACUACUCGGACCUUUCGCUCCAAGUGCCACACGAACAUAUUGGGGCGGAAUAUUACGAUGAGGAUGAAGAUAGUCCGCAAGACAUUCAGGAAGUAUGGUUUCCGGGAGGUCACGCAGAUAUCGGUGGAGGAUGGCAACAAGAGCCGGACGAAUGGCCACUCAGCCACGCACCAUUGGUCUGGAUGGUUCAAGAGGCCCGGCGCGCUGGGCUCCAAUUUGAUCCUGAGAAGAUGGAGCACUUUCAAUGCCUAGAGGAGUACGAUGAGGAUUACUCGCCCAUUCGUGAGAACAUGCACUGGGACCUGAAUACCAGUGCGUACCAAGAUGGCCAUCCAUUGAUGCCAGUUGCAAGUCAGCAACUGGCAACCCAUGUCGCCGCCGUUUACGGGGAUGGGAUACAAUCAGCAAACGAAUCCGGAUCCACAUUUCUGACGCCACUCAAAGAAUCCUGUUUGGCCCCAAUACAUGACUGUCUGAAACUCGGCAAUGGCCUGCCAUCUCUCUCGGUUCUCACAUGGCGAAUGAUGGAGUACCUCCCAUUCCGUCGAAUGGAUUUGCAGAAAGAUGGGUCAUGGAAACCGAUCCGGUGGCCGCUUCCGUGCGGAGAGGUUCGUGACAUUCCAAAUGACGCCCAAAUCCAUGUAUCUGCAAUUCGUCGAAUGCAUAUGGAUGAGAACUACCGCCCUGGUAACCUGAUCAUUGGAGGUGGUGGUCGUGGUGUUAGGCGAGCCUCUCCAGACGAUGGAAUUGGAAAAUGGGCAGUUAAAGGCCAUCAGGGCGAUAUUGUGCGAGAAGUGUACGUGGCUGUGCGGCACGAGGAACCCGAGGCCUCAACUUUUUGCAAGGACGAGAAACAUGAUCACUAG